GUGCGUCAUUGCGCAGCGGCGCGUCCAGCCCAUAGCGGUUAAUGAGAAUCCGCUGACAGAGCACAACCAGUUGUUUGUGCAGGCAUUUGUAUGCGCGGAUCAGCAGGUGCUUGUCCUUAAAACAAAACUGGAUGGAAGUCUCGAUUACGACCACACCGAUCUGAGGGAAAACUCUUGCCUUACGGACUCUUAUUUUACAGGAUGCGCUGACAUACAUGACAUGCUCGCGGCGAUCGGCAGUUACAGAUAAACUCCACCUGGUGUCUCCACUCCUUCAGCAGCCAUGGCUUUCUCCGUAUCUGGAGGGACCGCGUUCACCAUUCUCCUCAUUUGCAGGUUGUUAGAGAGCUCGCUGCUCAACGCAGAAGUGAAGGAAGGAGAGAUCCUGCCGCCUACCAUUCAGAGGCUGAUGAAAGGAUACAACAAGUACCUUAGGCCUUUCUUUGACAAUGGUCCUGUAACAGUGGGCAUGAGUCUGGAUAUCGCCAGCAUUGACACCAUCUCAGAGAUCAACAUGGACUACACCGCCACCAUAUUCCUUCGCCAGCGCUGGACAGAUGAGCGCCUGGUGUUUGAAGGCAACAAGAGCCUGAGUCUUGAUGGGCGGCUUGUGGAGCUCCUCUGGGUCCCUGACACCUUUAUCGUGGACUCCAAGAAGUCUUUCCUCCAUGACAUCACAGUGGAGAACAGACUGAUCCGCAUCUUCCCCAACGGGACCGUUCUUUACGCGCUGAGGAUUACCACCACUGUGGCCUGCAACAUGGAUCUGACCAAGUAUCCCAUGGACAAGCAGACCUGCACGUUACAACUGGAGAGCUGGGGUUACAACAUUAAUGAUGUUAUGUUCUACUGGACCAGAGGAAAUGAGUCUGUCAGUGGUUUAGACACUCUACAGCUGGCUCAGUACACAGUAGAGGACCACUACACCUCGGUCUCAGAGGCCAUCUAUGAAACUGGCCAUUACCCCAAGCUGGUCUUCCACUUUGAGCUGAAGAGGAGCAUUCUGUACUUCAUACUGGAGACUUACGUCCCCUCAAGCCUGCUGGUGGUCCUCUCAUGGGUUUCCUUUUGGAUUUCCCUGUCCUCUGUUCCAGCACGUAUUUGUAUAGGAGUAACCACAGUGCUGACCAUGACCACUCUGAUGAUGGGGGCCCGCACAUCACUGCCCAAUGCCAACUGCUUCAUCAAGGCCAUCGAUGUUUACUUGGGAAUUUGCUUCAGCUUUAUCUUUGGAGCGCUCAUCGAGUACGCUGUGGCCCACUUCUGCACGCUCACAUACACCGACUCACACAUGAUCAUGUAUGGCCACCACAUGCACGACUUUGACGAUGAGAUGAAUGGCAUCGUCACCACCAUCUCCACUCAUUCCAGAGCCAAAAGACGCAAGGAGCCUGCUGCAACUCCUCCCCCAGCUCCUACCUCCACAGAACUCACUGUCAGCCCCUCCAGCCCUACGGGCAGUGAGCCUAAGCCUGAGGCGUCGCCUCCGGAGACUACCAACUGGUGCCUCACUGUCCUGGCCACCCUUCGCAAAGUGCUCCGCUCCAUAAACUGCUGUCAUGUGGAGAACCCCCACCACAUAGACAACUACUCCAGAGUCACCUUCCCCCUGUCUUUUGUCAUGGUUAACCUGCUCUACUGGACAUAUUAUCUGUACUUCUAGCAUAUGCUCUAGUGCAAUGUGUCCCAGAGAGUGUGAGACAGAGAGUGUAUGUAGACAAGAAGUGUACUUUACUGUAUUUGUUAUUUAGAUGUGUUCUGAGAUGAGUGUGUUUAAUUUCUACAUUUGGAUUCAUGAGCAAAGUAGCAUACUAUUAUGGGAUUGUUUUUGGGAAGAAAUAAUGCUCAUGACUACAGCUCCAUUUUUUAUAAUAACAUGUAUAAGUCAUUGCUUCAGAUUUUAUAUAUCUGGCUUCAUUACAAAGAGUGGGCAUACCUGGCAUUGACUGGCAAGAUUUGGUCAACUCUGAUACACCUUGAGAUGAAAAAGACCUUUGCUUACAAGAAGAGAAAUCAUCUUUCCUGAGAUAGUAUCAUUGUGCAGGUUGUUAAUGUCUGACACAGAGAACAUGGAGGUGUAAUUCAAGGUUGACAGAAUUUGCUAGCACUGUCGAGCGAGGGUAAAUGCCUGUUGUGAUAGAUUGAUCAUUGAUACUUUACAACUUUAUUUUCCAUUUCUGCCUGCAGAUACAACAUUUAAAGUGAAAAAUAACGGAUUGCAGAAGAAGUGUGAAAAAGAGAAACUAGGGUGGUUGAAAAAUAACUCAACAAGAGAGUGUAUUAAUAACCAUAAACCAGUCUCCCAAGGACGAUCAUUUCUCCUCACUGUUGAAAUCUCCCUUUCUUCUCUGUCCUUCUGUGAGUUAUUUUUAAUUCAGAGAGAAAUACUGUCUCUCUUUGCCUGGAUUUAUUUUUUUCAUUGACACUAUAAAUGUAGUGGCCUUUGAUACCCUCAGUCAUACUCUGGAAAUCUAGCCACCAUGAACAGUCUUAUGGCACUUGUCAUCACACAAAUCUGCUCUGCUGUUCCCUAAGGCAGGGAACUUGCCCACCUAACUAAUGGAACUACACAGUGUUCAACAUGAUAUAAAUACAUAAUGGAUCAUGUUAAUAAAUAGAGCUAUUUAUCUUAGAGUGCCUUAGUUAGCAUCAUCCUGGUUUCCUGAACAAAAAGGGGCAUUACAUUAUAUCAGCUUUUGGAUUAAUGCAGAAAAUAAGCUCUGUGACAAAGUUUAUGAUACUUAAAUGUUUUGUUCAGCAUAAUAAUCUUGACAAAUGAACAAAACUUCUAUUAUUUUUAAAGCCUAAAUACAAUUUCAGAGGUAAAAACCAAAUAUUAGGCUAUAAACGAACUACACCACGGUCACGUGACUUAAACAUCACUACCACUUAACUUUUAACCUGUAGAUUGAUUUAACUUUUACCUUCUCUACAAAAGACUUUGUUAGUAAUAGUUUGCAAAAGCAUGAGUAGCAACACAAUGAGCCUGUAAAGGUGGACUGGUGAGUAGAUCGGUUUUCGUGUACAGCAUGAUGACAUUUAAUGUCCAUGACAACCUAUGUAGUCUCAUUUAGCUACUUGUUAGCAACCACCCUUAAUUAACAAAUGUAAAAGUUUAAAGAUAUCAGUCAUGAGAUAUUCACUUACAUAUUUGAUGUCAAAAAAGAACACAUGAAAAUGUACUGAGUUUGCAUUAACCACAAACCUUAUUUCAGCCAUCUAACCAAAAUCCCAUUCAAAAACUCAUAGACUUCGGGAUGAGGGAACCAGAAGUGCUAAAAUAAUAAUUAAUUCAAAAUGCUACAUUUUCAGUGUAAUAACUAAUAACUAACUUUCUUUCUCUCUAUUUAGUUCAACAAGGCUACAUUAAGAUAGCCAGCUAACACUACAAAUUGUGAGCUUGGAUUAUGUACUUGGGAUUAUGAAGCGCCAGUAUUAGCAACAGCAGCUAAUUGGCUAAGUGGAAGGUGCCACAGCAGGUUUGUGAUUUUAAAUAUGUCCCUAAGAGAGAGACACAGACUUUUGUUAGAAGUAAACAAAGUCUUUCUCGUCAGUUCCUCUCACAAAGUGGAGCUAGCUAGCUAGCGGGCAGAAUAGCUCUGGCAGGUGGCGAGUUGGCUAGGUUAAGUGGGGUGCAUCUGACUGGCUGACCUGUGAGGGGGUGGUGAUUGGUGAAUACAACACUGUCAUUAAAGAAUAACAUUAUGAAAUAAAAAGUAUUACUGAACACUUUGUGGUUCCAUACAAACUGGGUAGGUACAAUAGAUGUGAAGAUAUAGCAGAGCAACACCUGAGCAGUCAUGUAGGCUACCAUUAUAUAGUGAAAUAGAGAAUAUGUAGUACUUCUUUCUUUAUGGGCUGCAGGUAGUGUUUCUCACUGUCCUUUUGUAACACAAAGUAGUAGGCAGAAUUAGAUGUGUUAGAUAUUGUAGAAAGAAUGAAUAUAAAUGAAAUAGCCAAACUAUUUCAACAGGAUGUCAACAAACGGUAAAAUGCCUGGAUGUGCUCCAGUUGAGAUAUCACUCCCUUUCUCAGUUUUUUAAGCUAUUGUCAUUUUCUGCUUUGUGAGUGUCAAGUGUUCAAGUUCAGGUGAUUCAGUAUGUUUGCUACCAGUAACGUGAACCAAAGAACCACUGAUUCCUAUUGAUUUCACCCAUCCUCUUGGUUUGCCCUCAGUUCUUCUAGUUGGAUAUUCUAAUUGCAUUUUCAAAUGUUAAUAUCAUAUCGUUAGUCAUAGGAGAACUCUGAAAUAGCAUGCAGUCAAUAAGCAGAUGAACAUGACAAUUCAUAUUUCAGAUGGAGAACAGGAUUCAGUUGAACAAAGAGAUGCAUGUUUAUUGCUGUAUUGAAUAUUGCUGUGACAUACUUUCACUCAAUUUAAAUGGAAGCUGGAUUUAACAGUCCCUUUAGCCAUAAUGCAAUUCACAGAAGUUCCAUUUUAAAGAAACUACCUUUCAAUGUGUAUUGAACAUAAUGCAAGGCUAAAACGUUAAUAUCUAUUUGUGCUUCAUUGCCUUUUAAACUGUUUAUGUUCAUAUUUUACUGCACUGCUUCUCAUGUUUUUAUCUAUUUUUAAAUAUGCCAUCAACUAUCAAACUUUUUGACUGCUCUCUUUGCCUGCCAAUUAUAGAAAAGUAGGAUUUACUUUAGUUUCUGUUCUUCCUGCAUGAUUAUCAAGUGCUUUUGUUUCUUCAGUUUUGUUUGAUUUUGUUUUGGUUUAACAUGAUGGAGAAGAAUCAUCUUAUACCGCUCAGCUGAGGCUAUUGAAAGGAUUAAAUUAAACAUUUUGAUUGCUAGUGAUUCCCCUUUGAUUUGGGGUCAGUGCAGGAUGUUCAAACUUCUGUUCUUAUUUUCAGUUAUUUGAACUUAAUUCUCUGAAAGGAUGAGUGAUCAGUGACAGUGUAUUUGCCACUGACUGAGCUGCGCCUGCUCAGUGGAUGUCAGUGAGCAGUGACCCAUUGAAAAGGUCAGUGUGAUAAAACACAGACUGUCAGGUUUUAUACAAUAUAGCACCACAGUUGUAAUUUUGAUAGUUAACUCCUCAGUAAAUAGUUCAAGAAAUGAAUGCCAUUAUGGAGCCAAAGAACCACAAGAGAAACCACUAAAGCUUUCUGUCAGUGUGGAUGCAAAUAGAACAUUUUUUCCACCCGGUGGUAAAGUUGAUCCAUACACAAGUCUGGACAGUAUCAAUUGUCCUAUGGCUCCACGGUCACAACUACAUUAUCAGGGCUGGUUUGCUCUGAAUGGACAGUAUUUUGGAUGGCUAUGAAUACCCAAGGAAGGUGCGAACAUUACCGAAAGAAAGUUACAAAACAGAACAUUAGGGGCAACAUUCCCAGGACAUAUUUAAAGCAACUUUUCAGCAACUUUUUGGGCAACAGAAAAUAGGGGAAGAUGGCUACUGCAUUGGACUGCCCUUUCUUUUCUUGUUGUGAGACGUGUAAAAUAAUGCCUCAAGGUGACGUUGGCUACCAACCUCACAGUUCCUUGGACAUCUUCAUGUGAUAUGUAUUUAUAUACUGUAAUACCAUGUUAAUAUAGGUAUCAGUUUGCUUAACCUGUUGUAAAUAAAUAUUAACACUAUGCAUGUUUAUUUGGUGUAUGAAUAUGAAUGAUAGCAAUAAAAAGAGGUUUAAAGUG